GCCUUCAUGACCAAUGGCACCAACAUGAAUCUCCAAGUCUCCACCACAGGCUUCUCCAACAACCAUAAAGAGGUCGACUUUGACAAGGAGCCCGGCAAGGUGCACCUACGGUCGCCCUUCAUCAUGAACGGAGUGUGCGUCAGGUGGAGAGGCUACGUCGACCUCGAGCGACUGGAUGGAGUGGCAUGUCUGGAGUACGACGAGGACAGCGCCGCCGAGGAGGACCGGAUACUACGAGAGGAGAUCGAGAAAUACAAGGCACGUCUUAGGGAGUUUGAAGAGAAGCAACGGGCCUUCCGCGUCCCUACCAGCGCCCACGCCCACGCCCACGCCCACGCUCACGCCCACACACACCACUCCGAGCAGGCUAACAUACAAGUUCGCUAGCAGAUUCUAAGCCUGCUUCAUCGAAAAUCUUAACUACCAAUUCUUGAGAAGAAGAAGAAGGUCGGGUCGGGGCGUUGUCAGCGGGGUUGUACGGAGUUCGAACAAGCUUGAAGACUGUUCGACAAUUCGGAAUGGAUUCAAGGCUGUUAUUACGCAAUUGGACUGAGAAAGCGGCCACUCAGAUGGUCUGAGAGAAACGAGCCAAUUCAGAGGUUAGAAACAAAGAGAUCGGUACCGCUUGUACGAGAAUCAAGACAAUUAGGAAUGGUGAAAUGUUUUUUUUUAAGACUGUUCGAAAUGGGAAAUUAAGACUGUUCGGAAUGGGAAAUUAAGACUGUUCGGAAUGUUCGGAAUACGGCUUUUGUAAUUGUUCAGAGUUCUAAAUGGUGUUAGACACGGCCUCGAGUGCCAUAUGUUCCAAACAAGGCUGUUCCAUAGGACAAUUUGAAAAGGACAACAAGCGCAAUUGUAAAUGCUUGUCCGUUUACAAAAAAAAAGUCACCAAUCAGGACCCAAGAAGCUCCACAUUUCCGCCAAUCAGGAUCCAGGGAGUACUAGUACUCUAGUACUCCUCUAGUACUUUUUUCCCCCCAUUGAUCAAGCUUUGCUGACAACUGAACAAUCCACCCCUCCUCUUUCCCUAACGAGGCAAUUGAGUAGUUAACCAUGAAGAGGCUGAUAGUGUACGUUAAUCAAAACAAACCUUAUAUAUGAGAAUAUCUAAUAAUUACGCUCAUCUCUCUAACAAUACCUAACCACACUAACGACAGAACUACCUACUAAUGCGUGUGUAUAGUAACUAUCACUAUCUAACAAUGCUAUUAAUAACUGUAACGAUUUAAGAUUACUAAUCGAAGUCAAUCAUCAUGAUUGGAAUUUCAGCUGAAAUUCAAAGUCCAGUUUCCCAGCCCAUCGUCCUGUUUUGGUAGUUCUUACAGGAACGACGAGGAUCCCGCCAAACACACACCGAAACUACGACGUUGGUACAACGUUCGAACAAGUUUUACCACCUCCUAACCAAUUAUAACAACCAAUAUAGCAAGUUGUAACAACGUUCUAAUACGUCAUAAACACGUUAA